UGGUUCAACCUGCUGAUGUGGAGAAAGGAAAAUUAAACCAAACUGCCACAACUGUCGAAGUUUUGUCAACAAGCUACCUGAACAGUUAAACUAAACUGGUGAUUUUGGCAGAUUCAGCCAACACAUGAGUUGGUUGUCUCUAUAGGAAACAAUCAGAUGUCCAAUCUUUAUUUUAUUUUUAUUUUAACCACGCAGGUAGACCUAAUAAUAAGACGAGGACCUGAUAAGGAACUGGAGACAGCAUAUGGAGAGGACAAACAUGUCUGCUGCAAGAAAAGAACUACAGGAGGCCUUGUGCUGCUACACCACAGAUACCCUCAGCUACAUCAACACAGUGAGAGAGUUCUGUGAGAGGAGCCCUAAAUGGAUGCUUGGGAGGGAGAAAGAGUUGCACAUGAUGGUGGACAUCAAAGAUAGGGCUGACAGCAUCAACCUAAGCGUCGGCCAUGUUACCCAGUCAGAGAACAAAGGUAAGAGAUGUAAGGCAAUUCGGGAAUAUAUGAAGAGCAAGGUGACUGCAGACAGCAGACGUGCAGAGUUGGAGGAGGAGCUGGCUGCUGUGCUGAAGGACACUCUGAGAGGCCUGGAGAAGCUUGACUGCUUCCUGGAUGCAGUGGAGAAUCUGGCGGUCACCUCACUCCAUGUGUUCAUGGAGGAGAACCAGGCGUUACAUUUGCCAGAAGGGAUCAGCCUCGAACAAGUUCAGGUUGUCAUCACUGCUGCACGGGAAAUCUGCCAUCUCCUCCUCGAGUUUAAAAGAGAUGCAAGUGUCUUCUUCCUUCCCAAACUUCAGAAUGUGGAAGUGCUGUCAUAUCAGCUGGACAGAUACAUCAAGACCACCCAGAAAAUCUGUGAGAAGUUAGAGAAAAGCUCCUUCAGUGACUUUUUCCUGAAUAUGAACACCAGACCUCUGGUAGACCUCGAUGUGGAUUUGUCUGAAGAUGACAUACAAAGGAUGCUUCAUCACAUUAAUCAGCUUGAUGAAAUCAGGAUGAACCAGAGCUUCCGGACGGUGUUCCUGUUUCAGGAGGAACCAUGUUCUGGCUUCAUCAAUAAGUUCAGCGAGCGAAAGCCCAGGAUGCUGCAGUUUCUAGAAGACCUGGAGGAGAAUGCUGUUCAGCAAGACAGGAUGAAUAUGGGGGCAAACAUCUCCGGCGUGGCAGGCAGCUCAGUGGGGGCAGCUGGAGGUGUGCUUUCCAUCAUUGGUUUGGCAUUAGGUCCUGUAACAGCUGGAGCGUCUCUAGUUCUGACAAUGACUGGGGCGGGGCUGGGAAUUACCAGCGGAGUCAACAGUAUCGUCACCACCGCCACAGAGGUUGUCGUGAACCGUAAACAUAAAAAGAAUGCCAGUGAGACCUUCCAGAGCUUCAUGGAGGAUAUGCAGUGUCUUCAGGGUUGUCUGGAGGAGGUCACCAAAAGGGAGACGAGCAAGAUAGAUGUGGCUGUGGGAGUAGGCAAGGUGCUUAGUAAAGGUUGUGUUUUUGUGAAGACUAUCGAUGGAAUUGUUGAUACUGUCUCAGCUUAUAUUUUAACAACUGAGGAGCUGGCUGUUAGUAUUGGCAGAGGGGCAUUGCAGGAAGGAAAAGCAUUACGUAACGUGCCCAGGAUGGCGGCAGAUAUCCCAGAUAUUGGUCAGGCAGCAGUCAAAGGGCCUCUUGCACUCUCCAAGUCAGCCAUCGGGCUCAACGCUCUCUUCCUCGGCAUGGAUGUCAUCUUCAUCGGUUAUUACAGCAUCAGUCUGGCCAAAGGCAGCGAGACUGAAUUCUCUCAGUUCAUCAGAGCCAGAGCUGCACUCUGGCGUUCAGAGAUUGACACAUGGCAGAAGAUCCAUGACUUCCUGUGCAAAGGUCAGCUGACAUCAAAGAAAAACAAAGCUGUCCUGGAGACGCCAUUUUAUCCAGAGAGAGAGAUGAAAAAAGAACUACAGAAGGCCUUGUGCUGCUACACCGCAGAUACCCUCAUCUACAUCGACACAGUGAGAGAGUUCUGUGAGAGGAGCCCUGAAUGGAUGCUUGGGAGGGAGAAAGAGUUGCACAUGAUGGUGGACAUCAAAGAUAGGGCUGACAGCAUCGGCCUAAGCAUCGGCCAUGUUACCCAGUCAGAGAACAGAGGUAAGAGGGGUAAUGCAAUUUGGGAAUAUAUGAAGAGCAAGGUGACUGCAGACAGCAGACGUGCAGAGCUGGAGAAGGAGCUGGCUGCUGUGCUGAAGGACACUCUGAGAGGCCUGGAGAAGCUCCACAGCUUCCUGGAUGCAGUAGAGAAUCUGGCGGUCACCUCACUCCAUGUGUUCAUGGAGGAGAACCAGGGGUUACAUUUGCCAGAAGGGAUCAGCCUCGAACAAGUUCAGGUUGUCAUCACUGCUGCACGGGAAAUCUGCCAUCUCCUCCUCAAGUUUAAAAGAGAUGCAAGUGUCUUCUUCCUUCCCAAACUUCAGAAUGUGGAAGUGCUGUCAUAUCAGCUGGACAGAUACAUCAAGACCACCCAGAAAAUCUGUGAGAAGUUAGAGAAAAGCUCCUUCAGUGACUUUUGCCUGAAUAUGAACGACGAAACUCUGGUAGACCUCGAUGUGGAUUUGUCUGAAGAUGACUUACAAAGGAUGCUUCAUCACAUUAAUCAGCUUGAUGAAAUCAGGAUGAACCAGAGCUUCCGGACGGUGUUCCUGUUUCAGGAGGAACCAUGUUCUGGCUUCAUCAGUGAGUUCAGCGAGCGAAAGCCCAGGAUGCUGCAGUUUCUAGAAAACCUGGAGGAGAAUGCUGUUCAGCUAGACAGGAUGAAUAAGGGGGCAAAGAUCUCCAGUGUGGCAGGCAGCUCGGUAGGGGCAGCUGGAGGUGUGCUUUCCAUCAUUGGUUUGGCAUUAAUUCCUGUAACAGCUGGAGCGUCUCUAAUUCUGACAAUGACUGGGUUGGGGCUGGGAAUUACCAGCGGAGUCAACAGUUUAGUCACCACCGUCACAGAGGUUGUCGUGAACCAUAAACAUAAAGAGAAAGCCAAUGAGACCUUCCAGAGCUUCAUGGAGAAUGUGCAGUGUCUCCAGGAUUGUCUGGAGGAGGUCACCAAAAGGGAAACGAGCCAGAUAGAUGUGGUUGUGGGAAUAGGCAAGUUGUUUGGUAACGUUUGUGCUACUGGGAAGGCUAUCGAUGGAAUUGUUGAUGCUGCCUCAGCUUAUAUUUUAACAACUGAGGAGCUGGCUGUUAGUGCUGGCAGAGUGGCAUUGCAGGAAGGAAAAGCAUUACGUAACGUACCCAGGAUGGCGGCAGAUAUCCCAGAUAUUGGUCAGGCAGCAGCCAAAGCGCCUCUCGCCCUCUCCAACUCAGCAAGAGCCGGUUUCAUCGGGCUCAACGCUCUCUUCAUCGGCAUGGAUGUCUUCUUCAUCUGUAAAGACAGCAUCAGUCUGGCCAAAGGCAGCGAGACUGAAGACUCUCAGUUCAUCAGAGCCAGAGCUGCACUCUGGCGUUCGGAGAUUGACUCAUGGCAGAAGAUCCAUGACUUCCUGUGCAAAGGUCAGCUGACAUCAAAGGAAAACAAAGCUGUCCUGGAGACGCCAUUUUAUCCAGAGAGGGAGAUGAAAAAAGAACUACAGGAGGCCUUGUGCUGCUACACCGCAGAUACCCUCAUCUACAUCGACACAGUGAGAGAGUUCUGUGAGAGGAGCCCUGAAUGGAUGCUUGGGAGGGAGAAAGAGUUGCACAUGAUGGUGGACAUCAAAGAUAGGGCUGACAGCAUCGGCCUAAAAAUCGGCCAUGUUACCCAGUCAGAGAACAAAGGUAAGGCCUUUUUGAAAUAUAUGAAGAGCAAGGUGACCCUGUUGACUGCAGCCAACAGACGUGCAGAACUGGAGAAGGAGCUGGCUGCUGUGCUGAAGGACACUCUGAGUGGCCUGGAGAAGCUCCACUGCUUCCUGGAUGCAGUGGAGAAUCUGGCGGUCACCUCACUCCAUGUGUUCAUGGAGGAGAACCAGGGGUUACAUUUGCCAGAAGGGAUCAGCCUCGAACAAGUUCAGGUUGUCAUCACUGCUGCACGGAAAAUCUGCCAUCUCCUCCUCAAGUUUAAAAGCGAUACAAGUGUCUUCUUCCUUCCCAAACUUCAGAAUGUGGAAGUGCUGUCAUAUCAGCUGAACAGAUACAUCAAGACCACCCAGAAAAUCUGUGAGAAGUUAGAGAAAAGCUCCUUCAGUGACUUUUGCCUGAAUUUGAACGACGAAACUCUGGUAGACAUCGAUGUGGAUUUGUCUGAAGAUGACAUACAAAGGAUGUUUCAUCACAUUAAUCAGCUUGAUGAAAUCAGGUUGAACCAGAGCUUCCGGACGGUGUUCCUGUUUCAGGAGGAACCAUGUUCUGACUUCAUCAGUGAGUUCAGCGAGCGAAAGCCCAGGAUGCUGCAGUCUCUAGAAGACCUGGAGGAGAAUGCUGUUCAGCUAGACAGGAUGAAUAUGGGGGCAAAGAUCUCCAGUGUGGCAGGCAGCUCGGUGAGGGCAGCUGGAGGUGUGAUUUCCAUCGUUGGUUUGGCAUUAGGUCCUGUAACAGCUGGAGCGUCUCUAGUUCUGACAAUGACUGGUUUGGGGCUGGGAAUUACUAGCAGAGUCAACAGUGCCGUCACCACCGCCACAGAGGUUGGCGUGAACCAUAAACAUCAAAAGAAAGCCAGUGAGACCUUCCAGAGCUUCAUGGAGGAUAUGCAGUGUCUCCAGGAUUGUCUGGAGGAGGUCACCAUUAGGAAAACGAGCCAGAUAGAUGUGGUUGUGGGAGUAGGCAUUGUGCUUGGUAAAGCUGGGUAUGAUAUCCGAAAUCUUGUUCAAAAGGUCUCAGCCUUUAAGAAGUUAAAAACUGAGGAGCUGGCUGUAAGUGCUGGCAGAGGGGCAGUGCAGGAAGAAAAAGCAUUACGUAACGUGCCCAGGGUGGCGGCAGAUAUCCCAGAUAUUGGUCAGGCAGAAGCCAAAGGGCCUCUUGCCCGCUCCAACUCAGUCAGUGUCAGUACCAUCACGUUCAGCGCUCUCUUCCUCGGCAUGGAUGUCUUCUCCAUCUGUAAAGACAGCAUUAGUCUGGGCAAAGGCAGCGAGACUGAAAUCUCUCAGUUCAUCAGAGCCAGAGCUGCACUCUGGCGUUUGGAGAUGGACUCAUGGCAGAAGAUACAUGACUUCCUGUGUGAAGGUCAGCUGACAUCAAAGGAAAACAAAGCUUUCCUGGAGACGCCAUUUUAUCCAGAGAGGGAGAUGAAGAAACUCGGAGAAACAGAAAUGGAAAUUCCAUUUGAUGAAGUGGAUGAAAAGUGAAAGAGGAAAGUUCUUGUGUAAUACAGUAGUGCUCAGAGACAAUACCAACUCUGACACUCUGAUCAGAUAUGAGAUCCAUUUAAACUUUGCUUACAGCUCACUGUUCAGCAUCAAACAUGAUUAAUAUCUAUCAUAUUUUUAAUCAGCUGUAAUUCUCAUGGCAUAAACCAAUGUAUCGCUAAACCUGCUUCAAAACAUAACGCACUGUCAUUUAGCGCUUUACCUGAUGAUAAAUGUAACUGAAAAAUAUAAUUACUAUUUUAAUUCUAGAGUUGCAAUUACUGUCAUAUAAAAAUAUAAUUAGAGCAAAAAAUGUUAUGCACAAUACAUUCUGUACAAUCUGUAUGAUCUUCAUUAUUAUGUUUGUAUAAUUCAGUCUGCCAUUUCUCUUGCACAAAAAUAAAUACAAUUUUAAAAAGUAAAA